GUCAGAUCACCUGGUUCGGCUAUGAAAGUCCUCGUAGUUUCUGGGACUACAUUCGAGUAGCUUGCCGAAAAGUCUCUCACAAUUGCAUCUGCAGUAUUGAGAACAUGGAGAAUGUCGGUUCUUCUAGAGCCAAGGGUCGAGCCUGGAUCAGAGUAGCACUUAUGGAAAAGCAUUUGUCUGAAUACAUUUCCACAGCUCUGAGAGACUUCAAAACAACCAGGAGAUUUUAUGAGGAUGGAGCAAUUGUUCUUGGUGAAGAGGCCAAUAUGCUUGCUGGUAUGCUGUUGGGACUGAAUGCAAUUGAUUUCAGUUUUUGUCUGAAGGGUGAGAGACUGGAUGGCAGCUUUCCAGCUGUCAUAGAUUAUACACCAUACCUGAAGUACACCCAAAG